CGCCAACAUCAAAAUUUAAGACAAGCUUCACACACGAAAUACACCACCACCACCCAGCAACAUCCCAAAGCCGGUCCAAUCGUCGUCUCGCCGCCCGCGAUCCAGAUACUGCGCUACCAUGGCCAAGCGCCAGGCCUCCGAGGCCCUCGACGAGCUCCUCGACAUCGCCUCGCCCGCGUCCAAGAGGUCUCGAUUCGGCGACUUCGACUCGCCGCUGGGGAGCGGCCUUCCAGAUACGCCCGCCGAGGACGCAGAGGCGCACGCCAACGGCGAUGUGAAUGGUGAUGGACGCAAUGAGGACGACGACGACUUUGACGACGAGAUCGCCCCUGCGGCGCCCCUGCGGCAAUCGGCGCCCACAGACGGAUACGACGACCUCUACCUCGACACCAUCGACCGCAACGUGCUGGACUUUGACUUUGAAAAGCUCUGCUCCGUCUCCCUCUCCAACAUCAACGUCUACGCCUGUCUCGUCUGCGGCAAGUACUUCCAGGGCCGCGGCACCAAGUCGCACGCCUACUUCCACUCGCUCGACGAGGACCACCACGUCUUCAUCAACCUCGAGUCCCAGCGCGUCUACGUCCUGCCCGAGGGCUACGAGGUCAAGAGCCGGGCCCUCGACGACAUCAAGUAUGUCUCGGACCCGCGCUACACGAAGAAGGAGGUCAUCGACAUGGACCGCGUCAAGCGCACUAGCUGGACCCUCGACAACAAGGAGUACACCCCGGGCUUCGUCGGCAUGAACAACAUCAAGGACAACGACUACCUCAACGUCGUGGUGCAGGCCCUCGCACACGUCGCCCCGCUGCGCAACUACUUCCUCCUGGAGGAAUUCUCGACCAAGGCCGAGCUCGUCAAGCGCUGCAGCAUCCUGGUCCGCAAGAUCUGGAACCCGCGGGCGUUCAAGGCGCACGUGUCGCCGCACGAGCUGCUACAGGAGAUCUCGCUGCGGUCCAACAAGCGCUUCACGCUGCUGGCGCAAUCCGACCCCGUCGAGUUCCUCUCGUGGUUCCUCAACAACCUCCACCUCGGCCUCGGUGGUUCCAAGACCAAGCCCGGCAGCUCCAUGGUCCAGCGUACGUUCCAGGGCAAGCUCAAGGUCGAGUCGCAGGCCAUCACGGCACGCGCUGACGCCCGCGACCGCCUGCGCUUCGAGGACUCGGCCGAGGUCAAGACGGACAUUGUGCGCUUCCUCCUCCUCACGCUCGAUCUACCGUCGGCGCCGCUCUUCCAGGACGAGCUGGAGAAGAACAUCAUCCCCCAGGUGCCCCUUACCACCAUCCUCACAAAGUACGACGGCCAGCGCGCGCAGGAGCACCACGCCCAGCGCAAGCGCUACCGCCUGUUGCACCCGCUGCCGCCCUACCUCGUCUUCCACGUCAAGCGCUUCUCGCAGAACAAGUUCGUCUCGGAGCGCAACCCCACCAUCGUCACCUUCGACGCCCGCAACCUCGACAUGUCCCCCUAUGUCGAGCCCAACCCCAAGGAGUGGCCCCCUGGCGAGCCCAUCUGGUACGACCUCGUCGCCAACGUCGUCCACGAGGCCGUCCGCGUCCGCGAGGACGUCGUAGACAGCGGCGAGGAGCGGAAGACGUGGAAGGUCCAGCUCAAGGACAAGGCCACGGGCGAGUGGGUUGUCGCCCAAGAUCUGUUCGUAGACAAGGUGCAGAGCGAGUUGCUGUACCUGGGCGAGGCGUAUCUGCAGGUAUGGGAGCGGAGGAGAGAGCCCAAGGGCAAGGGCAGGGCGGGAGCUUCAUGACGGAAUUUAAUAGACAAAAGAAGGACACCAAUAUGUAACAUCACUUUUUCAUGAUCAACGCGUUGCUUUGCUUUGUAGGCGGAAAACCAGCC